AUGUUAAGACUGAUUGUUCCAGGGGAUAAACUGGAUAUAGAUCUCACGAAAAACGUGUCGUUAGGGCCCGGUGUCUAUUGUGAUCCACGCACUCAAAUAAUACAACCUGUAAACGCUGGUAUCGAAAAUAUACAAGUAGGCAAACGUGGUCAGAUUGUACAUAUUGACUACGAUUCCAAACGCUAUGUCCCUGCAGUCGGCGAUUUCGUAGUAGGUAUUAUUACUGGCGCCUUUGCCGAUAGUUAUAGAGUUUCUCUGGCAAGCUUUUCCUCGCCUGUAUCACUUUCAUAUAUGGCCUUUCCCAAUGCAUCUAAGAAGAAUAGACCCACUUUGAAGAUUGGUGACCUCGUAUACGCACGUGUCUGCACAGCUGAGAAGGAGUUAGAAGCAGAAAUCGAGUGUGUAGACUCCACUACAGGCCAAAGUUCUGGAUUUGGCCUCUUAGAAGGCGGCAUGGUCAUGGAUGUAUCGUUAAAAUUUGCUCGUAACCUUUUGUUCGAUGAAAAGUUUCCUCUUCUGAGACUCCUUUCGCAGCAUUGUAAGUUUGAAAUUGCCAUUGGUGUUAAUGGUAAGAUAUGGAUCAAGACAGAAGACACAAAAGAUACCCUAGCGUGCUACAAAUCUAUCCUUGAUUGCGCCAAGCACCCAGUCAAUGAACAUGCAUCCAUUUUAAAAAGAAAUUUCAAGGCAUUGCUAAAUGCCAUUGAGUAA